AUGUCUUCUCAUAACCAAAAUCAACAUGAAAUAUCAAUUGAUUCUGAGUCAUAUGUACGAGUAAUUCAUAAAACAGUAUCCAUCCCGUUGGAAAAUGACCAUAACCGUAAUUUUUAUUAUAUAAAUGAUGAUGAUAAAAAUUUAUUUAUUGAAAUAAAUAAUUGGAAGAAAUCACAUAUCGAUGCCAGUCUAGCUAAAGCCUCAUCACAUCGUAAUGGUGAUGCAAUUGCAAAAGUUAUAUAUGGUUAUCAUCAACCAGAUUUCAUAUUGAAAUUUGAGGAGGAUUACAGUGACGCGAAAGAGAAAAGAGAAAGAGAAAUAAAACGUCGAGGUUUUGAACAAUUGUUAAUGUUGUCUGGUUUGAUAGUAGAACGGGAAUUUGAACCACAGGAUAUUCUUCUAAAUGAAGGAUUUUUUUCUCAUAUAAUUCGUGAUUUCACAUAUGAAAUGGAAGGAAAUAAAGUAUCAGCAUUUUUCAAAAAAGAUUCUCCAGAGAAUUAUAUAGGUGACAAUGAAUCAAAAGAUGAUUUUAUUUUAAAUUUUUGGAGUUCUGCAAGAAGAAAUUUGUUGGUUCAUCGAAUUAUUAUCACUGCUAAUCAAAUUAAUGAAAAACUAAAAAAUGAAAAAAUGAUAAUUGAACGUAAAACAUGUAUAAAAUCAUUAUCCAUUAAUCGUCUGCUUGAUCAAAAAGUAUAUAAUAAAUUUUAUAAUCUUCAUGAUGGCUCCUAUAAAGAAGAAGGUCCUCUAGAUAAAGUUAAUCUUAGAGCUAAAUUAAAUCAAUCAUGGGCAAAAUUUAGUCGGAAAAAACAACCUUUAGGUGAUAUUAGAAAAUACUUUGGUGAAAAAUUGGCACUUUAUUUUACAUGGUUAGGCUUUUACACCACAUGGUUGACAAUACCGUCAGCUGGUGGAAUAAUUGUAGUUGUAUAUGGAUUGAUAAUUUUUAAUAUUAAUGGAAAAGACAGCGGAAUUUAUUUAUUAUGGGAUAAUGCACUUACUGUACCAUAUGCUUUAUUAAUGGCAAUUUGGGCUACAUGCUUUUUGGAAACUUGGAAGAGAGUCAACACAUUCAUUAAAUAUGGAUGGAAUGUAAUGGAAUAUGAAAAAGAGGAGUUACCAAGGCCAGAAUUUGAGGGAACAGUUUUAAAACGAUCACAAAUAACUUUAAAAAAAGUAGUCCGUUUUCCAUUUAUGAAAAAAAUUCAAAAAUUUAUAAUUUCCAGUGUUAUAGUAUUUGUUUGUAUUGGAAUUGUUAUAGUAACAAUUGGAGUUUUAUUGGUUUUUCCUAGAUCAUGGGUUAGUCAAAUAGGAGGAAUAUGGGCACCAGUUGUUGUUGCAUUAUUGUAUAAAACAAUUGCUUUUCGAUUAACUCAAUUUGAAAAUCAUAGAACAGCUACACAAUUUGAAGAUGCAUUAAUUUUAAAAACUUAUCUAUUUGAUUUUAUAAAUUUUUACUCUGCUUUAUUUUAUAUUUUAAUACUUAAAAAACAAUUUGCAAAAGAUUUUUUGCCUCAAAAUGGCAAUUAUCCAGGGUGUGAAUUUCAGAAUAAUUGUAUGGCAGAGCUUACUCUUCAAUUGGCAAUAAUAUUAAUUGGCAAACAAACAGUUGGUCACAUUCGAGAAGUUUAUAUUCCAAGAUCAACAAUUUCGAAAAAUAAUAGCAAAAGGGACAUGUACAAAAACAAAGAAGUUCCACAAUGGGCUCAAGAUGAUAGUUUAACCAAACCUAAUAAUGUUAGAGUUGAAUACGAGGAAAUGGCAUUUCCUUUAGCUCCUGUACCUGUUGCAUUUCAGGCACAAGAUAUAGGAAUGUGGGAAAUCAUAUUAACAGUAGUAUCACUUCUUGCUGUACCGACAAAUGCAGUAUUAAUUGCUUUUCAUUCAAGUUGGUUGGAAAAUCAAUUUAAGAGCUAUUAUGGGGAUCAGAUAUUAGUAGCAAGACUUGUAUUUAUUUUAAUUUUUGAACACAUAGUUUUUAUAGUAAAACUUGUUUUUACAUGCCUAAUACCUGAUAUACCAAAGAAUGUCAAAAUAGCAAUUGAUCGAGAAAAUUAUUUAGCUAGAGUUGCACUUGAUCAUGAGCCACCUGCAAUUGAUGAAUAUUUACCAAAGAUUAAAGAUUAUGAUGAUAUAUUUACAAGAGAUGGUGAAUUAAAUAUACCAGUUGGAUAUAACAUAGUUGGCUCAUCCUGA